AUGGACCCUUCAAUGUACUUGCAAUACUCUCCACCCAAUGGGUUACCACAAGAAUCAAAAUUGGCCACAUAUAUGAAUCGCUCGGCUUCAACACCAAAUAGAUCACUCAACCAGGCAAUGAGUAAACUCAGCAUGGAGUCUUCGCCAACUUCUGCUAAAAAGACUCUCAUCCCGCACCCUCAGCAGCCACCGAACAUAUUCACACCCGCACAGCCCCAGAUUAUGGUGCCUACGCAGCCACAGAUUUUCAGUCCGAAUCCACCGCAGGCCAUGUUUAGUCCGUCACAGCCACAGACUAUAUUCCCAGCACAGCCACAGGCCAUGUAUAACCCUGCUCAGCAUCAGGCGGCUCUGUAUAGCCCCAAUCAUCAACAGGCACUGUACAGUCCAAACCAACAGGCUAUAUUUGGUCCACCGAACCAGCAGGUUGUGAUCGGAGAGUUUAUUCCGAUAAACUACUACAAUCCGGCAAUGCUGCCGGAGUCUCCGGAGAGCUCGCCGCCCAACACCCUCCCGCUGCAAGUGAACACGCAAGUUCACCAGGAGAACGUGGGCGGGACCACGUAUUUCUAUCCGACCACCUCCGAGACACUGAAUGCUUCGGUCGGCCUCAACACGUCUGCUGCUAUGGGUGGUGGAGAGUGUAUCGGCGUGUCGGCGUACGCGACGCAGAUGUAUGCGCCCGCGCACAUGCCGCCAGUCCACAAGGCACAGCCAGACCAAGAAUACCAACAAACAGGUUUGGCUGCAUCGUUCUAUAUGCCGGAAACUAUCAGGGCGGAGAUAUACAACAAGGACGACCAGCCCCAUCUGAAUCAGCAGGCCACGAACUAUCAGGGAGAAAUCCCCGAUACGGUGGAGAUAUACGGCGAGCUAAUGCCUCUGGAGCAAUCUGGGCCGCACGCCCUGGCCAGCUCGUUCCGUGUGACACACCGCACGACGGGCGAGUACUUCGCGCUGCGACGUCUGCACGGCUGCGGAGCCCCGCCUGCUGCCAACAAGCGGAUGGAUGUCUGGCGGAAUGUGGACCACCCGAAUGUGGUGCGCCUCCACAGGGUGUUCAGUACCAAGGAGUUUGGCGAUCACUCCCUGGUGAUGGCGUACGACUACCACCCAGUGUCUACUACACUGAUGAGCAAGUAUCUGCACGGGGCGGCACCCGGCAGUGGACCCGACGCGAACGGCGCCUUCCACGACCCUUUCCCGGACCCCGGUGUCCCACGCCCAUAUACACAUCAGAAAAACGCGAUGCUGCGGGCGUUUGCGUGCGGGGCGUUGCUUCCGGAGGCGGUCCUGUGGUCGAUGAUCGUACAGCUCACGGCCGGCCUGAGGGCGAUACACACGCACGGCCUGGCCUGCAGGACCCUGGAACCAACUAAGGUGAUAAUGAGUGGCUGCCGCGUUCGCAUCGCGUGGUGUGGCAUCGCCGACGCCGUGCAACACAACAGCGUGGACAUCGCACAGGCCCAGCAGGAGGACCUAACGGCUCUGGGCCGCCUGGCGCUGGCACUCGCUUGCCGCUCCGUGCACUGCGAGAACCUCCCCGCCUGCAUGGACCUCAUAACGCGCACUUAUUCCCCAGACCUCAAGAAUGUGAUAUUGUAUUUGCUGUCGACGACGGCCACCAGACGCUCUGUGACCGAUCUCAUGCCAAUGAUCGGGGCACGUUUCUACACACAGGUGGAAGCUCUGCAGCGUCGAGCAGACGCUUUCGAGGAACAGCUCACUCGAGAGAUAGACAACGGCCGUCUCCUGCGCAUCCUGGUCAAGCUUGGUGUGGUCAACGAGCGCCCGGAGUUAAACAACGACCCGACUUGGUCGGAGACGGGGGACCGGUACAUGCUCAAACUGUUCCGGGAUUACAUAUUCCACUCGGUCACCGGAGAUGGCAGACCCUGGAUCGACCAGGCCCACGUCGCCAAUGCUCUGAACCAUCUCGAUUGCGGAUCUGCCAUCAAGGUAGUGAUAAAACUUCCCCGCAACCACCGCUUACCGCCAAAGAAGAACGUAAUAACAGAUCUCAAAACAAAAAAGGUGAUCACAAUUCUGGUUAAUCAGUCAUAUGUAUAUGUUUCAUACACUCGCAUAGACGUAGCUAUUCCCGCGGAAUCUCAGUCCCGAGAUGUUGGGGACGGCCCGGGGGGCUACGUUCGCCACCCAAGAUGGACGGAUUGGUUU